AUGGAUCUUCAAAGCCUUGACGCGGCCUAUAUAUACAUUAUAUGCGAGAACUUUUGUCUUCACUGCCACGAAGGACAUGGAGAUCACCAGGCCUUCCCCAGUGUAUCCGCUGCACAAGAUGCCAAUGCGAAAGCCCUUCGAUAUACCCUCGUUAGCCUCUCCACGGUCUCCAAGCAAGUCAAACAGGUUAUGUUGAGAUAUAUCUAUCCGGAUGACACUCGCGCUGAGGAAGGCUGGCUGAUUAAGUCCUUGAAUAAAUUUUCUGAUACUCUCAACCUCCCAGGAGAAGACCUCAAUAUCAUAGGAUGGGAAAAGUUUAUAGGAGCACUUACCCUUCUUCAAACACCCAACCUCGAAUACCUCGAGACAAUGGCUCAAGAUUUAUUCCAGAUACUCGACAAGAUCAGAAAGCCCCUUUCAAUCCAUAGAAACCACCUCCCUCAGCGUUUGAAGAUCCUGGCUAUUAAAAGCAAGACUUCCAGGCAGACUGUGUUUCACAAUUCCUCCAAUAUGGCUGAAAGUUCUAUUGGCGGAUUCAUUGCAGCACUUCCAAAUCUUCAGAGCCUAGAAGCCGUGAAUCCUUGUCGUCUGGCACUACGAGAUCCACUACAGUUUCGCAAUAUUCGCCAUAUUGCCCUUCGGAGCACGAUAUUGAGCAAAGAAGCACUUCGGCUCCUGGUUUCUGCAACAGGACCAUUGGAGUCAUUUCUCUACAUAGGUUCAUAUUGCUAUGGAGCCAACUUUUGUUCCAUCCAAGAUCAUUGCGAAGUCCUUGCUCUCCGAAAGAAUACCUUGAAAUGGCUUGUUGCAGUGCCAGUUCACACAGCAUACAACUUCACAGCAGACACAAGACUUCUCAACGUUCAGUACAUGCGCAUGACCCUUGAGGACAUCUGGCUGCCUGUGCUUGAUGGCGAUAUCCGAGACAAUCAGAUAUUAGUGAGAGGCUUGCCGCCGCGCCUCGAAAGGGUCCAAUUCGACGCCGCAGAGAAUAUACUGGAGUAUUUGUUGGAUGCCGUCAUCACCUACAUUGAGUCGAGCUAUCGGAAAGAUCCCAAUGACCAAGUCCUCAGGACAGUGCAUAUUCUGGUUCUACAUGGACUCCGACCGGGAAACGAUGGAGCAAUCGCCUGA